AUGAUGGAGAUCGACCCUGUGGUGGUGGAUGAUGUAUUGGAGGCGCCGGAGGCUACUAUUGCCGACCGACAGGAAGUACAUUCAGCGUCGUCGGACCACUGGCGGCAGGCGUUGGCGCGGGUGGUGCCGGCGGUGGUGGUGCUGCGCGUGACGGCCGUGCGCGACUUCGACACCGAGGUUACCAACUCUUCGCACGCCACUGGCUUCGUUGCCGACCGCCGCCGCGGCAUCAUCCUCACCAACCGCCACGUCGUCAAUCCCGGUACGGUCCGCUCCGCUCCGCGCGCCUCUUCCUCCCUCUCUUGCAUCGUAUGUUUUUUUAGAAUUCUCGCAUCUUGCAUAUCUUGCAUUGUGCUCGCUGCCGCUGCCUCGCUCGCGAAUCUCCUGCGCUUCUCGCCUCACCACCCGCACCGUUAUCUCACUUCCCCUCUCCCCGCGCCUCCCAUUCCAACAACGCGUGCCGCCGCGCGCGUUUGCCAGGCCCGGUGGUGGCGGAGGCGAUGUUUGUGGCCCGUGCAUCCGAUCUACCGCGACCCCGUGCACGACUUCGGCUUCUUCCACUUCGACCCCGCCGCCGUGCGCUUCCUCGACUACCACGCCGUGCCGCUCGCGCCCGAGGCCGCCGCCGUGGGGCUCGAGAUCCGCGUCGUGGGCAACGACAGCGGCGAGAAGGUCUCCAUUCUCGCCGGGACCAUCGCGCGCCUCGACCGCGACGCGCCCGUGUACGACGCGAUCGGGUAUAACGACUUUAAUACGUUCUACCUGCAAGCCGCGUCGGGCACCAAGGGCGGGUCGAGCGGGUCGCCCGUGAUCGACUCGCACGGGCGCGCCGUGGCGCUGAAUGCGGGGAGCAAGUCGUCGAGCGCGAGCGCGUUUUACCUCCCGCUCGACCGCGUGGUGCGCGCGCUGAGCGCCGUGCAGGCGUGCUUCGAGGAGAAGGAGGGCGGCGGGUUCGUCGCGCACAGGUGGCGCCCGCCCGCCAUCCCUCGCGGCACCCUGCAGGUGACGUUCCGGCACAAGGGGUUUGAGGAGACGCGGCGGCUGGGGCUGCGGGACGAGACGGAGGCGGAGGUGAGGCGCGAGGCGGGUGCGGCAGAGACGGGGCUGCUCGUGGUGGACUCCCUCGUGCCGGGCGGCCCCGCGGACGGCAUACUGGAGUCCGGGGACGUGCUCGUGCGCGUCAAUGGCAAGGUGUGUGCGGGUCAACGGCAAGGUGUGUGCGCGUCAACGGCAAGGUGUGUGCGCGUCAACGGCAAGGUGUGUGCGCGUCAACGGCAAGGUGUGUGCGCGUCAACGGCAAGGUGUGUGCGCGUCAACGGCAAGGUGUGUGCGCGUCAACGGCAAGGUGUGUGCGGGUCAACGGCAAGGUGUGUGCGCGUCAACGGCAAGGUGUGUGCGGGUCAACGGCAAGGUGUGUGCGCGUCAACGGCAAGGUGUGUGCGCGUCAACGGCAAGGUGUGCGCGCGUCAACGGCAAGGUGUGUGCGCGUCAACGGCAAGGUGUGCGCGCGUCAAUGGCAAGGUGUGUGCGGGUCAAUGGCAAGGUGCGUGGGUGGUAGCAGCAGCGAGGGGAGACGGGGCUUCUGGUGGUGCAAUUGCUCUUGCCGGGCGCAUCAACUGCAAGCUCGUCCCUCUCUCCCCUUUCUACCACCACCGCUCGACCCUUCGCCUCUCCGCGCAUCAUGCCCUGCCCUCCCCUCCACCCCUCCUCCUCGCCACUGCGCAGGUGCUCACGCAGUUCCUAGCAUUGGAGACCAUUCUCGACGACACAGUGGGCGGCACCGUGAUGCUGGACGUGGAGCGCGGAGGCACGCCACUCUCCCUCACUCUCUCCGUGCACGACCUGCACGCCAUCACGCCCCGCCGCUUCCUCGAGCUCUCAGGCGGCGUGCUGCACGCGCUCUCCUACCAGCAGGCGCGCAACUUCCGCUUCCCCUGCGGCCCUGUCUACGUCGCCGAGCCCGGCUACAUGCUGACGCGCGCGGGCGUGCCUCGGUUCGCUAUCAUUCAGAAGCUCGCCAACCAGGACGUUCCGGAUCUAGACGCCUUCAUCCGCGUGUUUGCGCGGCUGCAGGCGGGGGCGCGUGUGCCGAUACAGUAUGUGACGGUGGAAGAGAGGCACCAGGCGAAGCAGGUGCUGCUGCUGGUGGACCGCCAUGCGUGGUACGCGCCCCCACAGAUGUACUGCCGGGAUGACUCCACUGGCCUCUGGCACAUUGCCCCCGCGCUCCCCCCUCCGCCUGUUGCUGCCGCUGCUGGUGCUGCUGUUGUCGAUGGUGCUGCUGAUGAUGGUGCUGCUGUUGUCGAUGGUGCUGCUCAUGAUGGUGCUUCUGCCGAUGGAGUUGCUGCUGGUGAUGAUCAAGACGAGCAGCAGGAGAGCGGGUUGACAAUGGAAGGAUGGGAGGAGGACGAUGACGAAGAGGAAGGAAGCGAGGCAGACGAUGCAACAGUAGCUGAUGGAGGCGCUGCUGCUGAUGCAGCAGAUGGAUCACAGGCAUCAGCCAAGGCAGCUGGCACGAGCUCAUUUGUGGAGAGUGUACUGGAGCCUUCGCUUGUCAUGAUGGAGGUGCGUGGGCCCUGCCUCACUUUCCCUCUCCGCCCAACUCCCCAUCCCACCUCCUACCCCAUCCCCCCCAUCCCUCCCCAUCCCUCCCCUCCCCAUCCCUCCCCUUCCCAUCCCUCCCCUUCCCAUCCCUCCCCUCCCCAUCCCUCCCCUUCCCAUCCCUCCCCUUCCCAUCCCUCCCCUUCCCAUCCCUCCCCUUCCCAUCCCUCCCCUUCCCAUCCCUCCCCUUCCCAUCCCUCCCCUUCCCAUCCCUCCCCUUCCCAUCCCUCCCCUUCCCAUCCCUCCCCUUCCCAUCCCUCCCCUUCCCAUCCCUCCCCUUCCCAUCCCUCCCCUUCCCAUCCCUCCCCUUCCCAUCCCUCCCCUUCCCAUCCCUCCCCUUCCCAUCCCUCCCCUUCCCAUCCCUCCCCUUCCCAUCCCUCCCCUUCCCAUCCCUCCCCUUCCCAUCCCUCCCCUUCCCAUCCCUCCCCUUCCCAUCCCUCCCCUUCCCAUCCCUCCCCUUCCCAUCCCUCCCCUUCCCAUCCCUCCCCUUCCCAUCCCUCCCCUUCCCAUCCCUCCCCUUCCCAUCCCUCCCCUUCCCAUCCCUCCCCUUCCCAUCCCUCCCCUUCCCAUCCCUCCCCUUCCCAUCCCUCCCCUUCCAUCCUCCCUUCCCAUCCCUCCCCUUCCCAUCACCUCUUUUCCUCCCUCUUCAUCCAACUUAUUCCCUCGUCGUUUCUCCCCUCCCCUCCGCACCAACCCCCCCCCCACCCCCGUGGUGCAGGUGCACGUGCCACCAGCAGUGAUGGUGGACGGGGUGCAUGCGGAGUGCUUCUUCAGCACGGCGCUUGUGGUCAGUCAGUCAGUGCCCGCUCACCCUCUCCCUGUGCAUCGCUUACCCCCUCACUGUUCACCGCUUGCCCUCUCCCUGUGCAUCGCCCACCUCUCCCUGUGCAUCGCCCACCUCUCCCUGCACGUCGCGCCUCCCCCUCUCUUGCACCUUCUCUUUGCCGCACGCUCAUCAGUGCUCCCUCACUCUCUAUCCGUGUGCAUUUCCCCAUGGCUCAAAUCUUGCUCUCUUUCUCUGCCUACCCCAUCAACCCCGCCGGUGAAGUGUGUGUGUGCAUCAUCGCCACCUUGCACCUGCCCUGCAAUUGCCGGGCUACCUGCACCUCCAAAGCACCUGCCUCACCUGUGCUUUGCGCCCUACUCCUACCUCUCCCCAUCCCACCCAACGGCUCCCAACGCCCCAAACCCCACCGUUCUCCUGGCCCCUUCUCCCAGGUGGUGUUCCUGCACCCCGUGCACAACAUUGCCUUUGUGGCCUACGACCCAGCAGCGCUGGGGGCAGCAGCAGCGGCAGCAGUGCAGCCCGCCAUACUGAAGCCCGCCCCUGCGCUGCGCCGGGGGGACCGCGUGCACCUCGUGGCUCUCAGCGGGGAAUGUCAAGCCGUCAUGUCACGCCAGUCAAUUGUUACCAACCCCACCACCAUGGUCACUGUCGCCACCUCUGACUGCCCGCGCUACCGAGCCAUCAACAUGGACGUUGUCGUGCUUGACACAAACUUUGGCGUGGACUUCCCAGGUGUGCUGGCAGACGACUCAGGCGCUGUGAGGGCGCUCUGGAGCUCCUUCUCCUCCACCCUCGGCAGGAGAAGCAGGCGAGGGGACAAGGGAGGCAGAGGCGGAGGAGGUGGGAGGGGGGGGUACGAGCGUGAGCAGCAGCAGGGUGGGGCUGGCAAGUGCCUGUUGGUGAACGGGCAGCUGUGGGAGAUGCCGCAGGUGCGAGUGCUAGAGGCGGAGUUGGUCCCCAUGCUGCUCUCCAAAGCCAGGAGCUACGGCCUCUCAGACCGCUGGGUGCAGGUGCUGGCUCGUGCUGACCCCGUGCGGCGGCAGGUGCUGCGUGUGAAGGGGACGCUAGCAGGGUCGGCAGUGGCAGGCGUGCUGCAGCAGGGUGAUAUGCUCCUCGCUGUGAAUGGCCGCCCCGUCACGUGCUUUGCUGAUGUGGAAGCGGCCUGCUGUGAGCUGGAAGCAGGCGCGGGUGAGUCAGCAGGGCUGAUGGAGGGAGAGGGGAGGAGCAAGGGGAGAGAGGGUGCCGGGGCAGCCACAGCUGCAGCAGCAGCAGCAGGUGGGGGAGGUACGAAUGGGCAUGUGAGCGAGAUGAGGUGGAGGGAGCCAACUGGUGCGACAGAAGCAGGAGUAGACACGACUGUAGUGAACGGUGCAGCAGAGGCACCAGGGAAGAGCCACUGGCUUCCUGCCCUCGCAAGGACACGGCGCAUAUGUCGCCAGGUGGAUGGGUUGGGGGCGUGGCGUGAGGUGGCUGCUGGGGAAGGCGUGGAGCACAGGAGGGUGUCAAAGGGCAUGAGCGAGUGGAAGCACGGCAGUCCGGGGCAGCGCUAUGGGGUGUCCUCAAUGAAUUGGAUUGUGGAGAUCAACGGCCGACCCGUGCCGGACCUUGAUGCUCUUGUUACCAUCACCCAGGAGUUGGAGCACGGGGCAUUCGUGCGGGUGAAGCUGGUGGAUCUGGAUGGCGAGCCGUAUGUGCUCACACUGAAGCAGGACCUGCACUACUGGCCCACCUGGGAGCUGCGCUUCGUGCCAAGCACUGGCACGUGGCAACGCACCAUCCUUAAGACACUGAAAUAG